AUGGAUACGCGCCCUACUUGGGAUUGGUCCUCGGUCGGGGACAAUUCUGUCCCUCAAGAACCCGAACCAGAGCCACGCCGAUCAUCGCAAUAUGCUUGGACUGCUCCGCAAUCAGAUGCUACAGAUACUCCAACGCAACAGGAUACGUCAUCCGAACAGGUUCCUCGCCCCGCGCCUGGAAACAAGCGAUAUGGCACGCGCACUUGUCGCAUUUGCUUCGAUGCUGAAGAGCCGAAGUUUCCUGAUCAGUCAACCACUUUUGGCAUACAGACAGGAUCAUCUCGACCUACAUACGUCUCUGACGACCCGGAAUUGGGAAGGUUGUUAUCACCAUGCAAGUGUAAGGGAUCACAGAAAUAUGUCCACGAAGGGUGCCUCAACGCAUGGAGGCUUGCAAACCCGAUGGAAGCAAGAAACUAUUGGCAGUGUCCAACUUGCAAGUACACCUAUCGCAUUUCUCGACUGCACUGGGGCUCUGCUCUGAGCAGCAAGGUGACGCAGGUUGGCGUGACCAUCUGCUUUUGUAUACUGAGCAUCUUCUUGCUCGGAUUUGUCGCGGAUCCUCUCUUCGACUUAUGGCAAGACCCGAUUGGAACCCUCGGCGAAACUGUCACAAGCGUGGUAACAGACAUCGAGGCCCUCAGGCAACCUCCAUCACCAGAGCCUACCACGUGGAUCGAACACUUCAUUAAAGGGUUCUUUUCCCUAGGAAUUUUCGGAUUGUUCAAGACCAUGUUCACAGUGAACCCGUUUCACUGGUGGCAAAUCCGAAACAGCGGGUUGACAGGUGGUGGCAGGAGAGGGGGCACUGGUCGAAACCGUGUCGAGAACAUUAGCCUGAUAUUCGUUCUUAUUGGCGCAUUCACAUUUCUCAUGGGCAUUUGGAAAUUUGUGCAGAAGCUGAGCGCUCGUGUGCUCAAGAACGUGAGCGACAGGGUCGUCGAUAUUGAAGAGGAUGAUGACGAGGACGAGAGUGAGGAAUCCAAUGAGGGAAGCAAGAAAGAUCAAUGA